AUGGCUUUCCUCGGGUUCCCGGGGUCUCUGGCCGCUGCCGCUGCCUCUGCUCAGCUUUCUCGUUUCCUGCCGGUAUCACGGAAACCCAAUUAUCCACCGCCCAAUUCCCAUCGCUACGAGGGACCUCACCUAUCGUCGCUUCAUAUACCAGUUGUCGUGUUUGGAAGUGACGGCGCUGGCCUGGAAACAUGUAUCAUAAAGAAUGCUACUGCUAUGCCCGGUCAAGACAAGACGAAAAAUGGCUAUAUACAAUAG